UACUUAACAGCAAACUGAUUUGCCGCGGAAACUUUUAAGUCAACUGUAGUAUUAGUUUAAUUAAUCGAUAGUUAAAUUAAAUUUUAAAAGUCCCCGAUAUACGAGUACAGCAAGAACAUAAAGAAAAAGUAAACGUAAUCGUUAACCGUCCUUGAACUUUUGAUUAAAAAGAAAUUGAAUCGAAUUACUGAUUGUUAUAAGCUACGUGACAGAUCAGUGGACCGCAGCGGGAGCUGUGGGAAAAGAUUUCACUGAACAUUCGAGAAAAAAGUCUCGCGCGCAACAUGGCGGCGCCGUUUCAUUUUGCAAAGCACAAGCAGCCGACCGUUGUGAAAGAUGACGUCGGUUGCAAUGCACGUUAUAUAAAAUAAACAGUUUGUAUUGCAGAUUUUAUUGUAUUGUACGACCAGGUGUGAGAGAACUUGUUUUUGUCCACCAAAUUGAAAAGAUUGAAUGACAAUGAAGUUACAACUGCUAGCUCUGGCACUGCUGCACAUGGCGCUGGGCCUGCCAGUGACUCUCGACGAUCUGCAGAUGGCAGAUGACACUAUGUCCGUUGGCACGUACGUUCGAGAAGUGCGAGCGGCCUCACCUGAUAACUACCACAAGUCGUACGAGAACGAAGGCGACGGUGAGAUCGGGUAUGCGCGCAAAAAGUCAGGUGGUGGUAAAAAGGGCUACCAGCACUUCGACUCGUUCCACAAAAAGGCGGGUGACCACUACGAGUUCGAGAAGGAGGACUCAUACGGUCUCGACAAGGAAGAGCAGGCCGGAGCGCACAGCCAGCCACAAGAGAAAGCUGAAAAAUAUCACGAAGCAGAACCAGAGAGAGGCAAUGAAGAAGCUGCCGAAGAAGAUGGGGAAGAGAAACGGAAUGAGGAACUAAAACUGGGAGGCAGCGAUGGCAACGGCGGGGUAGAAGCUCACGGCCAUAACCCAGAUGAUUACAAACUGCCUGAAAAAUACACUUAUGGUGCAGGAGAAGAAUAUAACUUUUAAAGAAUGGUGUAAUUAGAUUUUAAA